AUGGAAGGUCCUACUACUACUCCAAAGAUAAAGGAAGAAACUGAAGAAGAUGACGACGUGGUUUUCCUUCAAGAGAUUAAGCACAGUAACAAAAAUAACUUUAAUGCACAGGUGAAGACUAAAACUGAAAAAGAUCCAGGGCCACGAAACGCUGAUCCUUCUGAGAUUAACAAUGUCUUAGCGCCACCGGCUUAUCCAAUGCGUUAUCUACUAGUUGUCAACGGCAAAGCUGAGUACACUGAUUCUAUAUCUUCAGAUGAAUCUCAAAAUGAGCUUUCAGACAAUGAGGGAUCAUCAAGCGAAUCAUCCGACGAAGAGUCGGCAUCAUCAUCUGAUGACGAAGAGUCUUCAUCAUCGUCAUCUGACAACGAAGAGUCUAGCUCGUCGUCUGACGGUGAAGAGUUUAUUCCACUUUCUGACAGUGGCAGUGAAAGUUUUCAAAAAGGCAAAAAAAGAUCGAUUGUAAAGUACCAAAAACCAGUGCGAAAAGUAGUUCGAAAUCGUUUGGCGGAGAAAGAAGAAAAAACAAAACUAUUUCAAACUAUGAAAGGGAAUAUUCAAAGAAAGAAAAACAAAACGUUUGUUAUGUCGGAUUCCGAAGAAACUGACGAUGAAACGACUGAGACAGCUGAACCACCACAGUCCAUCAACAUGCUUUCUACAUCAAAGGUAGAACUGUACAAAGAUAUAUUUGGCACAGAUGGAGAAGCGAGCGACGAUGACCAGAAUCUUUCUUCAAAGUCUUCCAUUUCCAGUGAAGCAAAAGCCACAGAAACUGAUGAGAAAGAUAAACUUUAUGCAAAGCUUAACAUUCAAAAGAAAAAGUAUCGUAUACCAAAAGUUCGAAAAGACUCUAAUCUCAGUUGUCCUUCUGCUGAAGACUCAACUAAACAUCCGCCGACCAAUGUUUCAAAGAACAUCUCCAAACGUCCUUAUACUAAAGUUUCUCAAAGUGUUGAUCGAGCUGAAAGAAAGAUCGAUAAUCGACCUAAGCAAAUUCACCCUGUAAGCGCACCUCCUGGAAAGGACUGGCAGAAAGAGAUGUCCAAGUUGAGCUACAAAGCUGCUGGCUCUUCAAGUGCCACAAUGCAAAGAACCAUUAGGCCCCAACAGUCUGAUAAGGAAACUCGAAACAAGUUUAUUAAUUCGCUGACAAAUGUUCUGGAAAAGAGACUUCAACAAUCGAAUGAAACUGAAUGGGCCAUCUCUAUGGACUCACUAAACGAAACAUGCACCGCAAUUGAAUCCGAAACUUGGAAGUUCUCAAAGCGUUACAACGAGCAGUUUCGGGCUCUGAAGAGUAAUCUUUCUGACAGUACUAAUAAUGACUUUUGGCGAGACAUUCUAAUGGGAAAGAUUUCUCCGCGAGAAGCCGCAACCAUGAGCUCAGUUGAUAUGGCUUCUCAGGCGAAAAAGAAACAGCGCGAAGAGGCGAUUAAGCUUACCACGGAAGGCUACGUGCGCAAUGCAAUGGAAAACCGCGAAAGAGAAACUAAGCUGCGUCUAGAGAAGAAGGUUCACCGAGGGGAAAUUGUGGAGAAGACUCCCGAAGCUAAUGACUCGCAAUUUCGACUAUUGGAAGACUUUAAAAAGGACUCUCUUACUGCACUGCCUCCAAGCGAUAUUCCACCAUCACCACCUGUUCAAUCAUCCCCUUCGCCUACUGCAUCAACUGAAACUUCGCCUUCUGAAAGAAGAAUUCCGGUGGAACCUCCAAAGAAAAAGUUUAGAAACGAUUCUAAAGAACCACUUUUACCUAUUCAACCGCAACGAGGACAACUACCUUCACAUUCACCUUCUGAACCUUCUCAUGCAUUUUCUCCACUAUCACCACCACUUUCACGACAUCCAGUGCCACCACCUCCAGCCAAACGCAAGUCAAUUACCCAACUUGAGUACAAUCUCCGACUGGUCAUCAGUUCACUACAACGUCUGCAAAUCUAA